ACACAUGGGUUUUACGAUAAUUUGUUAUUUAAUCUCCGCUUUUUUUUCGAUUAAAAUACUGUUAUUCUCUAGCACUUUUGAACACUAUUAGAUCAUUUAAUCAGACUUCGAUUCAAUCUCCAUCUCUAUCUCUCUCUCUCUGUGGAAUCUGGAUUGAACGAGAUUCUUCAUAUGAUCUCUCCUGCUGCUGAAGAUUUCUGAACAAUUCCGUGUCCGAUAAUCGAUUCCGCGUUUAGCUUCCAGCCGAGAGAGCUGUUAAUCCAGAGGUUAAGAAUCGAUACGCUGUUUUGUUCAGUUUGAUCUCCAAGCCUAGGGUUUUUCCCGGUAUUAAGGUAUUUGGAUGUUCAUAUUUUGAUCUACAGGGUUCGAAUAGUUAGUUUUAAUUGUGUCUCUGCAUAAACGUUUUUCUUGUCUGAGACUUUAUGAUUUGAGUAUACUGUUUUUGUAGAAUUGUGUAUUUUGUUGUUUCCAAAAUGAAAAGGGAGUUUCUCAGAUACUGAAGGUGGAGUCUGUGUCAUAGAUUUGUUGGAGGUGAUUCCUGCGGUUAGGUGCUAUGUGAUUUUCCGAGUGGAAUUUGGUAUUCACCUUUUUUAAACCGGUGGGAUUCUGUAUAUAGUUUGGGGUUUGUUCAAUGAUAUUGCACGGAUUACAUGUUGAAGUUUCUCACUUCAUUGAUAAGUCGUGAAUUUCAGUUGAUUUCCAAUAGCGUACCCUUUUGUGAUUACAUUUUGUGCUGUUUGAAAUCUGAUUCCACUUGAUGUGAAGUGUUUAGUUGGCUUGGACGUUGCUGACAUUGUAGCCAAUACGAAAGAAGAAUAUAUUGGUUUGGUUAUAGGUUUUAGGUUUAUGGGUAUAAAUUUUGAAAUAGAUGUGGAAGUGAGAUGAAGGCCAUGCCGAGAAGUAGGGUCGACGAAGAAGAGGUUGACAGGUUUUCGAAUUAUAUGAAUGCAAGCAAGGACUUGUCGAUUGGAAUUGUGAAGCUUGUAUCAUUUUUGGUUAUAUUUGUCGCCGGUGUUGUUCUUGGGUUGGCAGCAAGUGCACAUGUUUCUAGAUACUUUACUUCUUCACACACUGAGCUAUUCUUUCCGCCACAUAACUUUCCGGUCCCUUCCCGUGAGAAAGAAGGCUGCUUACCCGCAAAUAAUUGCGAGGCGGAAGAUUGUUUGAGCACAAAAAGUUUUGUCAAUCCUAGCCAUUUGACACAUAGUAUGACAGAUGAGGAACUAUUUUGGAGGGCUUCAAUGGUGCCAAAGAAAGAUUCUUAUCCAUACAACCGAGUGCCUAAGGUGGCCUUCAUGUUUCUGACAAGGGGACCUCUGCCACUUUUGCCAUUAUGGGAAAAUUUUUUCCAUAGUCAUGAAGGCCUCUUUUCAGUUUAUGUUCAUGCACUGCCAGGGUAUGAGCUUAAUGUUUCGAAGACUUCUGCUUUCUAUCGCCGCCAGAUCCCAAGUCAGGAUGUCCGAUGGGGAACAGCAACAUUGACAGACGGAGAGAGGCGUCUUCUUGCCAAUGCCCUUCUUGACUUCUCAAAUGAGCGGUUCAUUUUGCUUUCUGAGAGUUGCAUUCCGAUAUUUGAUUUCACCACUGUUUAUGAAUACCUUAUUGGCUCAACCAAGAGCUUUGUUGACUCUUAUGAUGAUCCAUCCCGCUAUGGACGUGGUCGUUACAGCCGCCAUAUGUAUCCUGAUAUUAAGCUUGCUCAGUGGAGGAAAGGAUCCCAGUGGUUUGAAAUGAAUCGUUCUCUAGCUGUAAGCAUAAUCUCAGACAGUGACUAUUAUCCUCUCUUCAUCAAAUAUUGUAAGCCUUCUUGCUACCCUGACGAGCAUUAUCUGCCGACUUACAUAAACAUGUUCCAUGGAGAAUUGAAUGCAAACCGGAGUUUGACUUGGGUGGAUUGGUCGAGAGGGGGCCCUCAUCCUGCUAGCUUUGGAAGGUAUGAUAUUACAGAAGGGUUUAUAGAAUCUAUAAGGAAUAACGGAACUUGUUUAUACAAUUCUAAACACAUAUCUGUUUGUUACCUCUUCGCGAGGAAGUUUGCUCCUAGUGCAUUGAUGCCCUUACUUAACAUCAGCUCAACAGUAAUGAAAUUUUGAAUUUUGAUGUUAAAUAUCUUAUUCUUUUCCA